UUUGAAGUAUCCAAGCUGGUAAUAACGCCACCCUCUUCUCUUCUCUUCCCUCCUCCCUUCACACGCAAACGAUUUUAGGGUUUCUGCCCCCAAAACAAAAAUCCCAAUUCCUUCAUUCAAACUCAUCAAUGGCUAAAAAGAAACAGAAUGAACCUCAACAAACCCCUCAAAACGACACCGUUUCAGCCCCCUCCAGCAUUUUCAACACGCUCUUCGCUAACGCGCCGGAACAAACCACCGCCGCCGCUGACACCGUUUCUCUAUUUUCCGAUGACAACCCCUAUAAGAGAAAGCCUAAUCAAACUCUCAGCCCUGAAAACGGUGUCGUUGAUGAAAAGAAGAGGAAGAAGAACAAAGAGAAAAGUCCUGUGAUCGAUUCAAAUCCAAUAAUUGAAGUUUCAGAGAAGAAGGAGAAGAAGAAAAAGAAGAAAAGUGGUUCCGGCGAAGAGGAAGAGAAAGAAAAAGAGGUUAAUUUGGAUGGAGAAGGGGUUGGGGAUAAGAAGAAGAAGAAGAGAAAGAGGGAUGAGGUUGAGAAAGAGUGGGAGGAGAAGAAGUAUGGGAUUGUUGAAGGAGGAGAUAAAGAUGAAAGUGUGGAGAAAGUUGGGAAUAAGAGAAAAGUGCGUGAUAAUCCCGCGGAUAUGAUGGUUACAAAAGAAGGUUUUGAUGAUGAAGAUAAGCUUUUGAGGACUAUUUUUGUUGGGAAUUUACCUGUUAAGGUGAAGAAGAAGACUUUGUUGAAGGAGUUUAAGGUUUUUGGUGAAGUUGAAUCUGUUAGGAUUCGUUCCGUUCCAUUACAAGAUACUAAGAAACCUAGAAAGGGAGCAAUCCUUGCGAAGAAGAUCAGUGAAACGGCUGAAAGCGUCAAUGCUUACAUCGUUUUCAAAACUGAGGAAUCUGCUCAGGCUUCAUUGUCCCACAACAUGACUGUGGUUGAUGGAAAUCACAUUCGUGUUGAUAGGGCAUGCCCACCCCGCAAAAAACUUAAAGGGGAUAGUGCUCCCCUUUACGAUAAUAAGAGAACCGUUUUUGUGGGCAAUCUCCCAUUUGAUGUGAAGGAUGAAGAACUUUAUCAGCUAUUUUGUGGUAUACCAAGUCUAGAAUCAAGUAUAGAAGCUAUUAGAGUUGUUCGAGAUCCUCAUCUUAAUGUUGGAAAGGGAAUUGCCUAUGCGCUAUUUAAAACAAGGGAUGCUGCCCUUUCCGUUGUUAGGAAACGGUCCUUAAUGCUCCGAGAUCGAGAAUUGAGAGUCAGUAUUGCAAAAGCAGAUCCUAGUGCUACCCCAUCUAAAAGGCCCUACUCUCCAGCGGCACGACCCAGUCAUGGCAAACCAGAUGCUACCCCAUCUAAAAAACCAUACUCUCAAGCAACACAAGGUCGUAGUACCCCUGUAAAGAAGUUUUCAGGGGCUUCAAAGUCUCCUUCAAGCAGUAAAAACGGGUCAAACAGAAAAACCACUGCUUCUUAUCAGGGUCUGCGAGCUACCAAAUCUGAUGUCCCCAAGAAAAGUCACAGUGGAGAAAAACCAAAAGAGCGCACAAAGAAAAGACCCACAGUAGCUGCCAGAAAGGCUAAAGCAAACAUGCAGAAGGAAGGUGAUACACCGAAACAAGCAGGGUCAAAACGCAAGUUUGAUAGUCGUACUCCUGAUAGCUCCCGACGAGUUAUGAAAGUCCAAAAGAAGAGGUAGCUUGUUUCUAAAGGCGUCAGGUAUUAAAUUUCGUUUUCCUCUGGUUGGAAUUUGCAAGUCCAAAAGACUUAUGAAUGAAUAUGUACGCACGUUGAGGAAAGAGUUCGACUCUGAUGAUUUUAUGAGGUCGGGCUUCUUCAGUUCUCAGUCAAACUCCCAGUGAAAUUUAAUUAUACGUGCAAUUGUCAACAGUUUAAAAAGCAGUAGACAGUGAUGGAAAUUAAUUCUUGUAACUUAAUUUUUUUACAUUAUAUUCCUAAAAAUUGUUGUUAGUUCUUCUAUUAUAGAAUUUUGGUAAGGUUUAUUGUGGCAUUUCUGUCUUGGAAAUUGGAAUGGUCCAUCAACUUUUGCUCCUGAA